AUGAAGAACAUGGACGUCCUCUUUCACACAAGCAUGGCACCUAAGCUACGCAUCUCGGCAGGUCCCACGGCGAACAAGCUAGAGCUAGUGGCUGUCAAUCAUGACGAUAAACCUGUUGUGAUUGAUUCAGACUGCUUCCAAGGUAAAUUAACUGUUCGGGUAAAGAAUUUUCAUGGAGAACUACCUGAGAAUGUCGAAUACCUCGAGGAUGUUAAAUAUUUCUCCAUGCCAUAUGGCUCACAAAUGUCAUAUAGCAUUCAAAUGCAAGGUCGCUUCCCUGCUGGUGUGAAUGCCAACGAUCUAGUAUUCGGAAAUGAGUUCGAUGAACCCAUUCGCGAUUCCCUUCCGUACGGAAUGGGACUAGUCUUGCGCUUCGCAUCAUUCAUCGAUCCAAAUCUCAAGCAUGACUUGUAUGGAGAUAAGCCAUGGGCCUUAUCACCAUUUCUCUCCACAGUAUUUCGCGCUAAGGCUGACCGUGCUGUUGAGGGCACGUUCUCAUCGUGCGCAUCGGCCAAAGAGUGUUUCGAACGCGAUGCUUGGCCCAAGUUUCCUCAGCCAAAUUCUGAAGAAACGUUUCUAGAAGACGACAUAUCGUCGCUUUUCUAUCACUCCGGUCCUGAUGCAAAGGAACCUCAGCUGGACCGUAAUAUGGAAGUGGACGAAAAUGUUGUCAAAACGUUCUCUAACAAUGACAAGGCUAGACAGCACCGCAUGUCGUGGCUCGGUUCCGCUUCAAAUCGAAAGAAACUCAACGUAACGCCUGAUGAUGUUAUUACCGCCGAUUUUGGCAAUGGUUUUGUGCGUAGCGAUAAGAAAGCGGCAAGGAGACUAACCGCAGAUCGAUUUCAACACCGGUACUGGCGCGGUCAGCCUGUCCGCUAUGUGUGCAAGAAUUUGAAGACGGGGCAAGUGUAUUUUGUGGUUCAGUGA